AUGGCUCGUGGUAAGGUGAAGCUCCAAUACAUCGAGAACAACGCCAGGAGGAAGACAACCCUGAAAAGGCGCCUCAAGUGUCUAAUCUCGAAGGUAAAUGAGCUCAGCAUCCUCUGCCACGUUGUGGCCCUCCUCGUGGUGUACCGCAACGCUGACGUGCAGCAGCCAGAGGUGGUGUGGCCGUCGAUGGAGCAGGCCGUCGCGGUCGCUGAGGAGUACAUGGCCGUGAACACCGAGAAGCUGAAGAAAGAUCUCGACGGGCUGGGCCUUACCCAGGAGCUAGUGGCCAAGGAGAGAGCCAAGGUUCAGAACUUGCAGCAGACUAUCCAGACGAAGCAAAUCAUCCACAACCUCUUCAUCCGCCGGCAGACCUUGAACGCUCAGGGCCUCACGCUGACACCAGAAGUUGACCACGAGCUCAGGAGCCUGAAUCUACAGGUAACCACCGACAUCCAGUGUCAGUUGCAGAGCACCCUCAGGGCUGUGAACGACCAACUCAAGGAGAAACGCUCCGGGAGCACCUCGGCGCCUCCUGCUGCUGAGCUUGAAGCUCCUGUGGCGCCGGAUGAUGUUCCAGCUGUGGCGCCGAUGGAGAUGGAUCCGUCCCAUGCCGCUGAUGCUCCCAUGGCUGCUGGCCUGGGAGGCUUCUUCAUUGACGAGGAAGACGACUUCACCUUUGACGAGGAAGACGACUUCGACAUUGACGGCGACGGCAGCGACCUUCUAACCCCGGAGCAACUUCGUGAUAUCCUCGCGAGGAUCGGGAUAUAG